AUGAGCUCCCGCCAGUCAUCAUCUUCGAGAAGUCGGCGGCCACAAUCCUCGAAAGCGACUAGCGUUGGCUCUAGAAGUGGAAGAUCUUCAGCAUACGGCAAAGACUUUCAACAGCAUCUUGCUGACUAUAAUGUGCACGUGAACAACUGGCAUUCAAAAGCUCUAAAUGCUACAGAAAUGCAAUCAGAGCUAGCCCAUGAAAGGGCAUCAUUAUCUCCAUCUCAAUUCUCUGAAAGUGAUUUUGAAGAAUUCCGCAGAAAAAAUGAGGACCCGGCCUUGGAGAGCGAGGUUAUACCCUCUGUCCUUCCCAUUCUAUGUGGCAACUCGAGCAUUCAUAACAAGCAGAACGUCCUAUUUACUGAGCUGGAGCCCAUCACAAGCUUAGGUGCUAUACAGCCGAAACCAGAUUUUUUUGAUGGAGCUCGCCUAGGUGAUCUUGAUCAGAAUAUCAGGAAUAAUGAGAGCAUACUAUCAGCAGCCAUUCCUACUAAGCAUCCUAACGUCCCGGUAGUGCCAAACUUCUUCUUAGAAGUCCAAGGCCCUGAUGGAAAUGCUUCCGUGGCCCAGCAGCAAGCUUGUUAUGACGGGGCCCAUGGGACUCGCGCUAUCCACGCCUUACAAAACUACAAAGAGACCGAACUAAUAUAUGACGGCAAUGCCUAUACCUAUAGCUCGACCUAUUACGCCGGCACGGGUACUCUUCAGCUCUACGCCCAUCAUGUUACGGCGCCUGCGACCGUCAAUGAGCGACCCCAAUACCACAUGACACAGAUUGAUGGAUGGCAAAUGACAGGUAAUAUUAAUUCCUUUCGGCGUGGGGUGACCGCGUUUCGAAACGCUAGAGACUCGGCGCGAUGA